CGCGCCUUAUGGCUUCGUCUUCAUCUCUCUCAGACCCCACCAUAUUGUACCUGCCAUGCACCUGCUAUUUGUAUUUGAUACAUGUUUUUCGAGGCUAAAGAUGAGAUCACACUCAGAUCACAGGCGAGCUCAUUGGAGUCUGUCUGAAGUCUGACACCGAUCCAGUGGGCACAUCUCGGGCUCUUGUCAGGUAGUAAACAGCAUCCAUCGUAUUACUUUCCUCAAUGAUUGACAGUGUUGCGAGUCAGUAUGUUGUUUUGAUUCACUUAAAACCAAAAAUUGUAUCAAGAUAUGUCUUGAUUAACAUUUAUGUCAGUUUAGCCAUGUGAUUAACUGGAUACACAACCAACCACAUCUUGUCUUUCACACCUUGAAGGAUGCAAAUCAGGAGGAUGAUGAUGCUGUUUGGCUUCUGUGUAUUAUCUGCUGGGUUUUUCCUGGACAUGGGAGCUUGCACUGCAGUGCCAACAGAGCUCAGAAUUACAUCAAUAAAGCAAGAGCCAUAUACAAUGUCCAAAGGCACCCAAAUGGAGGGCUUCUGCAUGGACCUGCUGUCUGAAAUAGCCAAGAAACUGGGCUUCAAAUACAAAGUGCAGCUGGUGAAGGAUGGUUCAUACGGCCGACAGGAUGAGAACGGGAACUGGAAUGGGAUGAUUGGAGAGGUGGUGCGAGGCGAGGCAGACCUUGCGAUUGCUCCGCUGACUCUCACUGCAGCUCGGGAGAAAGUGGUGGGGAUGAGCAAACCGUUCAUGCAGACGGGCAUCAGCAUCCUGCUGAGGAAGGACAUCUCAGAGGAAACUGGAUUCUUUGAUUUCCUGACGCCCUUUACAGCUGAAACUUGGGUUGGCAUACUCAUUGCUUACCUUGGUACCGCUGCUUGUAUCUUUAUAGUCACCAGACUGAGCCCAUGUGAGUGGAAUCAGCCUCAGAGUGAGCAGAACAGAUUCAGCUUCCUCCACAGCCUGUGGUACACAGCUGGCGCUCUGACUCUGCAAGGUGCUGGUCCUCACCCCAGAGCUGUCUCUGGACGUGUCAUCUGCUGCAGUUGGUGGAUAUUCUCCAUCGUCCUCCUGGCAUGUUAUUUCUCCAACCUCAGCUCCUCCAAAAGCUCUGACACCACCCACCUGACGGUGAAAGGGUUUGAUGACUUGGCCAACCAGGAUAUGAUUGAAUAUGGCUGUCUGGCCGGCUCUUCCACCCUCGCCUUCUUCAAAAAUUCCAACAAUCCAGUGUACCGCAGAAUCUAUGAACACAUGGAAAGAACGAGAAGUUUUGUGUCAUCUAUGGACGAGGGGGUCCGGCGUGCAAAAGAGGGGAACUUUGCCUUUAUCGGCGAGUCUGUUUCUUUGGACCUGGCAGUGGCUCGUCACUGUGAACUGGUCAGAGCUCAUGAAGUCGUUGGCAUGAGGGGAUACAGCAUUGCUGCCUCCCUCGGCUCACCCCUCAUAAAGAACCUCAGCGUGGCAAUCCUGCAGCUGAGCGAGGCAGGGGAGCUGGCUUACCUGCGGAGCAAGUGGUGGGCCAGCAGCUGCAUGGCAGACAAGGCCAAGUUUUCAGCUAUGCAGCCACACAGCCUCAAGGGGAUGUUUCUGAUUCUCUCCCUGGGCCUGGGGCUGGGAGCGCUGCUGGCCGUCCUGGAGCUCACCUCCAAGAGCCGCAGAAGUGCGGCCGAGCAGAAGAAGUCCUGCUGCACCGUCCUGACUGAAGAACUGAGUCUGCGCUUGAGGACCAAUAAUCCAAACAAACCUCAGGAAAAUGUAGACAAAGAUAAAGAAAAAGCAUAGAAACACCCUGGAAACAUGCAAUUUUAACAAACCUGUUAUUCUUUAUAAUUGUUUUUUCUUUUUGUUGGAUAGUUGUUUCAGGAUUUGCUCUAAUAUUUGACAGAAAAAUUAACUCACCUCUAGGUUCUGAACUUACUUGUAAAGAUGAAAAUGUUGAAUGAAUAAAGAAACUCACAUUUUAUUAAAAUAAUCAAUUUAUUGAUUCUCCAGUAUGAAUGCUACAGUUUCAAUGAAAAAGCAAACAUAGUUAAAAUAUUUUAAAAAAUAAUUAUUAACUCGAUUAGUGUUGACUAACACACGGUGCUCAUAUACUUUGUUUUUUCUUUGUUUACGGUUUCUUUGCAUCAUGCUGUUUUGUACAGUUGGCAAUGGCUUCACAUGAUUUCAAUUAUUUCUUUUUAAAAACUAUUUCAUGCAUAAAAACUGUUAAUUGUAAACAUUACUGCAGGCCUAAGAUAAUAACAAUAAUAAUAAACAAUAAUAAACUGU